AUGGAAGCGUGUAUAAAAACAGAAUUGAACUUGCUUGGUGGGAGUGAAGAUUGGUUUUAUGGACAGCAGAAUCGAAGUAAUCAAGUACAGAAAUCGACAAAAAAUGCACUAAAUAAGAAAAAGGUUAAACUGGAGCGAAGUCUUUUUGAAGAAUCUUUAGGAUGUUUUGUGAUUUACAAGAGACAAAACGAAGCUUUGCAAAAAUGUAAGCAGGAAGGUCCACUUUCACGAGUUUUUGCAUUCGAGCAUUCAAUUUACCAUCCAGGGAAAAGGCAUUUUCUUGUAUCCACAGUAGAACGAUUCUGGCACUGGUAUAAAAAGCAGUCCUGUGCUUCGUUUUACGAACUGAUUCCUCAAAAUUGUCCAGCUCGUCUUUACUUUGAUUUAGAAUUUUAUCGAGAAACCAAUCCAGAAGCUAAAGAGAAGGAACUAAUUGAUACAUUUAAUAACUCUGUCACUGAAGUUUUCAUGGAAAUGUUUCAAAUUAAUUUCAAUCCAGAAAAGGAAAUGGUCGUACUUGAUGCUUCAACGCCUACUAAAUUUAGUGAACAUGUGAUAGUUCAUAUACGUGAUAAUCAAGUUUUUCCAUCAAAUAUUUCGAUAAAACUAUUUAUUCAACAUUUAAAACAGAAGAUGUUAUCUGGUGAUGGAUGUGUUUGGAAUGAAAGUGGUACUAAAAGGGUAACGCUCUUUGAUGAAGCUGUCUAUUCAUCAAAUCGCAAUUUUCGCCUUUACUUAUCGUCAAAACUGGGAAAAAAUAACCCUUUAGUAUUGUCAAAACGUUGCCAGUUUUAUGCACAAAGACGAGAAAUUUCAAAAAAACAGAUUUUUUUGGAUUCGUUAGUGGUACCAGCCAAUUACAGAAAUUAUGGAAAUAUUUUGCAAGUUUUAGUGGAUGAAAAGAAAGAAUAUUCAUAUAAUCAAAAUUUAGUACCGAAAUUACUUCCAAUAAAUGGACAAGAACAUUUAUCGAGAGAAGAAAUAGAUUUGUCAGUGGGUUAUGGAGCGACAUCCCCUUUCCCAGCAUUAGAUGAACAUAUUAUUAUGAUCAACAGGCAAUGGAAAGCCAAUGCGUGUAUACGACAGUGGAAAAUAAGAGUAAAUAAAUAUAUAAAUUCGCGAUAUAUAAUUUAUUAUGUAAGUUGUCGGUCUCUCCGUAUCGCUCAUUGUCGUUACUGUUUUAAUAUUAAUCGGGAACAUCGAAGUAAUGGAAUUUACUGGGCUGUAGAUCUAGACAGAUUACAUUGCUUUCAAAAAUGCUUCGAUGUCGAUUGUCAAGGGAUCAGUUCAAAUUACUUCCCUUUGCCAACUUUUGUCCGUAAUUCCAUAUUAGUCACUAAAGAUCAGUUUAUUGGUAAAGAAAAUGAGCUGAAGAUGCCAAAUAAAACGAUAGAAGGUAACAUGAUGAAGAGUGAUAAAAUUUCGGAAAAUGUUUUAUUAGAACUGAUAAGCGAAGCAAAAGCGAAGAACAAAAUAAAAGUUGAAAAUCAAAUGAUUAGGUCAUAUGGUCAGAUUGAUAAUUUGUCGUUAAAAACAAUAAAGAAUGAGCAGGAGUUUAUGGAAUUGGCAGAUGACGACUUGUUGAGAGCUUUUGAAAUAGAAAAAGAUUGA